AAUUCUUUACUAAUUGCUUCCAAUAUGAUUCUUUGUUUCUGCUAACAACAGAUUCAAAAUGCUGCGGAGAUACAUUAUUAUGAGGGCGAUAUUUACAUAAAAACGAGUUAACUCCUUAAUAAAAGGCUUUAUCUCUAUAAAGUUACGCAUCUUUUGACAUUAAUAAGCGCUGGCAUUCUGAGUUUGAAGACAAGAUCUGUGGAAGUGUUGGUUUUGUGACAAGCUUUAUUUCAGAAAUAUUAUAUCUAAAAUUUGUAAAAAACAGUUAUUUUAAUAGCUAAAUCUCAGCUCAAUAUGGAUUUUAAAAAACACGAGUUGGAGAUACCAGAUUUUGAUGAUUAUUUCAAAAACAACAUGGUUGAUAUGGAUGCCAUUACUCUCACAGAAGAUGAUAUUGACAACCCAUAUGUAAAAUUAAAUGUUACAAUGCUUUCAAAAUAUCCUAUGGAACAUUUAAAACAGUGGUUAGUAUUUAGAGGAGACACUCUACGUGGUAUUCACACACUAAAAGAUGCCCAAGUUAGAGUAUGGAACUACUUUGAGAAUAAAAACAAUCAGAAGAUUGUUGAUCCAACACCUGAUAAGCUUUGGAUUAGGAAAAAAAGCAAUGGAGCUAGGAAAAAUUUUAAAACCGCUUUGGAAAGAAGGCUCACUACCUGAAGCACCCUCAGCAAUACAAAAUGAUAUGAAAAAUCCAUUGGACCUCACUGGCUGGUCAAAGUCUUUGCAAGGUGUACCUGUCUUUACCGUUACGCAAAUGACAGACUAUCACACAAAAGUAAACAAUACAUUUGUUGAAAAGGCUAAAACAAUUAAAAAACAUUUUGCAAGAGGUGAACAAUUUGUAGAAGAAAAAUACAUUGAUACCAGCACAAUAUAUGUCAAACAAGACAAUAAUAUAUUUUGUAUAAAAGGUAUAGCUGCUGCAAGUUUAAAAAAAAUGAAUAGAUGGGUGUUUAUUGUACUUAACAAAAUUAAUGGUGAAGUUGUAUUUGCACAUUGUCAAUGUCCAGCCGGAAAAACCGGCACAUGUUCGCAUUGCUAUGCCGUUAUGAAACUGUUAGCUAAAUGGGUAGUUGAUGAAUUGCGUAUGAUUCCAGAGCCUAAAGCAUGCACAUCAAUGCCAUGUGUUUGGAAUGUACCGCAGGCAAGAGAAUAUAUGCAAAAGCCACCUGUCUCAGAACUAACCAUUAAAUCACCAGAUUCAAAAAGGAAUGCCACAAAUACUGAAGGAGCUUCUAAAAAAGGAAUUACAUCUUCAUUGUACGAGCCAAGAUCUGAACAUAACAGAGACACACGUAGUGACAGUUUGAGAAUUUUGCUUGACAACGUCACUAAUUUUCAUGGCAAAGCACAUGCACCAAAAAUUAUGAACACAAAUCCUCAGCUAUACACGCAAACACAAUUUGGGCCGGUGCCAUUUGGAUCUAUUCUGAGCUACCAAUGUGCCUUAAUGCCACCAGAUUUUAAAGUUUACUGUAACAUUAAGGAGGAUGGAAACAAGGGCGACCAGGUUUUGUUUUCAGAUUUUACUGACCACUUUUUUAAACAAAAUGACAAUGUUAUCGAUAAUUAUGCCAAUGAAAUUCAUUUAGUUGAGCAAAAAAAGCUAAUGUUACUACAAAAUUUAAAAGAGCAGGCAGCUGAUGCAAUCAGCAUCGAAAAAAAUACACGAGACCAAGCUAACAAUCCAAAUUGGUUCAAGUAUAGAGAAAACAGAUUUACUGCCUCACUGUGCAACAAACUUGGAAACAGUGGACCCAAAACAGAAAGAGGCUUAAAAACUUUAGCACGAAAUAUAGUGCAUGGUUGUGUACCACAACAGUUUUUAAAAGUUAAAUUUGAGUAUGGACGAUAUCAUGAACCCAUAGCCAUUGCACAUUAUGAAAGAUACAUGAAGAUUGCAGGUUUCCAAGUUGUUGUGGAAAAUAAUGGUUUAACAAUAGAUCAAAAUAAUUAUGUGCUUGGAGCUACACCAGAUGGAAGAGUUAACUGCAAUGGCUUUUAUGGCAUCCUUGAGGUAAAAUGCAGUCACUUGUACAGAGACAUAUAUCCAAAGUUAGUGUGUUCUGUGGCGAAAAACCCUUGCAUUCUCUAUGACAGCAAUACAGAAAAUAUCAAAAUAAAUAAAGAUCACACAUAUUACAAUCAGAUACAAAUGCAAUUGGCUAUCACAUGUCAAACAUGGUGUGAUUUUAUUUUUUAUACCUCAAAAGGUCUUGUAAUCGACAGAGUGCCAUUUGACAUGAAAUACUGGCAAGAACUACAAAAAAACAUUUUACGGUUUUACUUUACAUAUAUGCUACCACAAAUCAUAGAGAAAGAUCCGGACAAAUUGAUGUAAAAUAAGACCUGUAUAUAUUUGUAAUGUAUAUAUAUCACUCUUUUUGUAAAUAUUUUUGAUUUAAAACAUUGCUUCAGUCUAAA